AUGCAGAUCAAGUAUCCUUCGGGCAGCAAAACUGAUUUGGAGAACGCAGCCCGGGAGUAUUGGGUCAAUGUUUUGGUCAGCUAUGUGGAGGAGUCCGGAUUGCCAAUAGUGAAGGUGGCAAAGGAGACGUCGAAUCCCCAAGAAGUCAUGCGUCGAGCUUUUGGGACGAGGCGCAUGAAGACGCUCCGCAACAGGGCGAGAGCAUGGGCAAAGAUCCGUGAGUGGCUCAUCAUGUUUGCAGACGAUUACUUUUCCAAGAGAUGUUUCUUACAUGUCUUGGUGCAAGAGGAUGCAUCGAAGGGACGCCUGGUGGAGUCUGCAGCUGCUCUGGGAGUCAUGGAGGACGCUGGACAGGUGGCAGCAGAUAUGAAGAUAUUGAGCAUGGUGACAAAGGUGCAAGGAGUGCGCUCAAGGAUUGCGGAGCUGGAGCAGGGACGGACCAAGGUGAAGCGUGCACCUCCCCCCAGUGUGGCUAUGUUGUUGGCCCUCGAGGUGAAUGUGGUGAACUUGGAGGUGCCAGAGUAUAUGUCAGCCCAUUUAUUGCGCUGCGGCGGAGGAACCGAUAACAGAUCGACUGGACAGCUGGUGAAACGUCGCCUUAGCACAAAGUGGCCUGUCAUGAUUCUGUUAAUGGACUGCCUGGCGUACUGCGAGGAGAUAGGAGUGCGUUGUGAGCUGGACUGGAGGCCCAGGGAUGCUAAUGUGGAGGCAGAUCAACUUACAAACAGUGACUUCAGUGCCUUCAGCAUUGAACGGAGGAUCAAGGUCGAAUGGGAAGAUCUGAGUUUUCCUAUGGUGGACGGUGGACCUUUUGAUGAAAUACUCAGAGUCUUUCUCCAAGAGAAAGCAUGA